UGGACGAUGGUCGUACACCCAGUUGUCCGUGUCAAGGUGCCUAACCUUGAUUUCAUUCGCGCGGCUGAGUGGGUGGAAGCAUUUAUAGAUAAAUUGUCCUAACAUCAUGAGCCAAGAUAUUAUUUGCAAACGUUCAUUGACGUGAAUCUUUUGUAAAAAAAUACUAUAAUAACGGCAUUACGAUCUUUUCGUGAACUUGUGCAUUAUAAAAAUUAACCAAAAUCGUGUCCACGAAAAUCUUAAUGAUCGCUUUCAUAGAAAAGAAAAUGGGUUCCAUCCUGCCUACGGAAGCCUACGCCGAUUAUUCAUGGACACGCUGCAACACGUCAGCGGACUGCACUGAACCUUACAUUCAAUGCGAGGCUGAAAUUUGUUCAUGUCCUGAUGGCGAAAAUAGCAGCAUCAUCACUGGAUGCUCUCCCAGCGUCUGGCAUGACGUCGGGGCGGCCACGUUGCGCUUCUUGAUCGUCCUUUUCAUCGUCCUUCUGUUGGUCCUCAUCUUGUACAUUAUGUUCAGUGAUUCAUGCAAGUUUUUUCGGAGCCGUUGCCGGUGUUGUGUCACGAGUACCCGAACCUCAAUCCCACCAACCCAGGGGCGAGAAGACGACAGUAUUUCCAAAGCAUCGGACAGCCCUCCAACAUACGAUGAAGUCGAGAAAUUCCCGCCAUGUUACUCAGAAGCCGUCAAAAUGAUGUGCAUCAAAGUUCCCUGCGACGGCGGUGAGUCCCCCGACACCGGGCCCACGUCACCCACAGAGGAGUGCGUCCUGCACAUGUGACGUCUUAUAUUUACUUAUUAUAAUUUUAUGAAAUGUUUUAUUCCUAGAAUUUCUUGCGUAUUUAAUUUAGCAAUUAUAAAUAUAAUUUUCGAUUGCAAAUAAUCAGCCUAAAUUAUACUCGUUUUUGAUGAAUAAUUUUCCGCAAUGUGAUCUAGGACAAAAUACGUUAUUCAAAUAUGAAAUUAUUUGUACACUAAUCUCUUUUAGAGUUAAUAAAAAAACUUAUAUAAGGCUCGGAAAAGAAAGUUAUUCCAUGAAAGUCGAUUAUAACGGUAUUUUUUUCAUUUUAUGGAUGAUACGUAAACCUACACCUCAAAAAUGUGUGUCCAGCAUAUGAAACUAUUUAAAAACAAUUAAACAUAAGAUUAAGUAUUGGAACUUUCACUGCAGUCGUCGAUUGAUCACUUUAUUCCUGUAACAUUUAAAAUAAAUUUCAUAAAUUUUAAAUUAACUGAAAAUUUAAUAAAGUUUGCGAGGUCGCUGACCGAAUUAUAUUGAUUAGCUAUAUGGAGUACUGGACACGAAUUUUACUUUUUGAGUAGGUAACAAAAAUUCCUGAUUCUCAUUGCAGUGAAAUUAUAGCAGUGGAAAGUUAGAAGUUCAUUCUUUCUAACUAAUUAACUAUCCCCAUCAUUCAUUCUAACCAUCCGUGUUUAUAGAUAAAAUGAAUGACUGGUUUUAAUUUUCAAACUAGCCAGAUAUCCUCAGAUCAUGAGAACGUUUCCUGCAAUUUGUAGUGCUAUAAUGAACCUUGAAUUGAGUCUCGGAAAUGUAUUGAUUAACGUGGCGAUAGCGACUUCUUAUAUGCGAAGUGUAGAUCUGGAAAAGAUUGAUGGCAGAAUUAGUUGUUCAGCCAACCAUUCUUUAAAUUUCUUGAGUCAUGCAUGGCUUUUAUUGACUCUAUGUCAAUAAAAUUGUAGCCUUAUAAAUUCUUUAAUAUGUAACUAAAAGUAUUGAAUGACUUUAUUUUGAUCAAUAUAGUUUAGCAAUUAAUAUGACACUUAAGCUAUAGAGUUCAUCUAAACCUGUAUAGCCCCUAUCCGAACCUAUAUAUAGCUCCAAAUUAAAAUUUUAUUCGUUCAACAGGUGUGAUAAAUAAGUACGAACUAUUUUAUUAUAGAAUUACAUCGGGUUUAAUGACUGGUAAGUUCACAAUUAAACUAAUGUUUUUUUAUGUUAUGCUCCAUUUUUUAUCACCUAACCUAACCUAAGAUACAAGGCUAGCUCAAGUUGCGUCUUUUAAUUAAAAAGUGGUGCAGACAGCAAAU